AUGCCAAUCAAACCUGUUGGGUGGAUAUGUGGGCAGGUGUUGAAGAACUUUUCUGCAAGAAUCGAGGGGAUCCAGAAAACAAUCAUGGACUUUAUAGAUGAGUUUAAAGACGAUUUCCCUACCAUCCUAAGAUUAUCACAGUCUAAUCAGAAAAAGGAAGCCAUGCAAAAACCAUCUAAAAUCAGAAUGGCUGUGGCUUUAGCCAAGAUCAACCGAGGAACUUUAAUUCAAGGAUUAAACGGCAUAUCCAGAUCCUCCAAGUCAGUGGCCAAUCUUCUGCACCCUCAGCUGGUUUGUAGACUUUUAGAGUUAAGGGGCAUAUCUCAUCGCCUGCUGAGGGACGUUAAUGCACCAAAGCAGCCCCUCUAUAACAUGCAGGUCAGAAAGGGUUCUUUGUUUGAUAUCAUUUCCUUUCCAGCAAAGACUGCUUUAACCAGCAUAAUAUAUGCUUCAUAUGCAGCGCUAAUUUAUUUGACAGUCUGUGUUAAUGCCGUUCUGGAGAAGGUAAAGAAAAUUUUCCAAGAAGAAGAAUCCAUAAGGCAAAGCAGAGAGGAGAGCGAAAAUCUUAGAAGAGCCUUUUCUGAGCCUGUGCUUUCUGAGCCUACUUUUCCCGAUGGUGAAAUCAAAGCAAAACCGUAUAGGUCAUUAACAGAGAAUCCAGGCAAUAUUUCAGAUCUUUUUGCUAAUAAGUUGAGUAAUAAGAUCCAAGUUUUACAUUCUGUGUUUGACCAAUCAACUGAAAUAAAUGAAUGAGCAAAUCUGAAAAUAAAUAUCACUGAACAGCUUAAGAGGUAUCUA